UGUGCCAGUGCGGGUUCACUCCAGCAAUGAUGAUGCCAGGUCUGCUCUCCAGGGAUCUUUGCAGAAGAUGCUGAUGGCAAUUGACAAGACACCUCUGACCCAUCAGCAGAAGCUCCACCUCUUCGAGCAAGGGGAGUCAAGGAAAGUGGCAGAUCUCUGGCUACUGGAAGAGAAGAAGAGACAGAGAAUGAAGUUCAGGCCUGCAGUUCUUGUAGACUCCAUCCAAAUGAAAGACUGUACCCCC